AUCCGUCACGUGGCACUGGCACAGGUACAGGGACAGCCGGCCGAGCCAACCCAAGCCCAAACCCAAGCCCAAGCCCAGAGUAAGGUUUCGGGCUUUCGUCUUCUCCUUCGUCAUCUCCUUGUUCCACGCCACCCCGACCGCCGCUGCCACCUCGUGUCCUUGCUCGUCGCCGGCGAGGCCUCCUCCCACCCAAUUUCCUUGACGAGAGGCGCUGCUCUCUUCCCCGGACCUCUCCUGAGGCCUUGCCUGCCGUCGAUUUUGGCCUAAAAUACACUUCAGCACUCAGAUUUUGAAGGCCCAAUCUCGAGAAAAAGCCCCAGCCCUAAUAACUCUCAACUCCCAAGCCGUCAGCGUCGACCCCCGCCUGACGCCUGUUCGCCCGUUCUUCCUCUCCCCGGAGCGAGAUACGACGACGUGCCGCCGCCAGCUGCCUCCGCGCGAAGACGACGCCACACGCACCGCUGGUAGGCGCGCAGCCGUAGAGGGGACUGCCCCGGCCCGGCCGAUUCCCGAUCUGCUACUCUCGGAUUCCCCCGUCGCCUUGCGGGCUGCGGCCGCCCUGCGCUUUGCGGGCUGCGUCCAGCGGAACCUCACCUCUCCCAGCGCCCCGCAGGGUAGUCUGACUCUGACCCCAGCGUGUGACGCGCCUCCAGGCCUGCAGCUGACCCCUUGCCAACUGGUUCCUGUUUCGCUGGGUUGAGGAGAACCAUGCCAGAUGUGAAGCCCGCCGCUGCUGCUGCCACAGUCGCCAAGGCGGCGGCUGGUGACUCGCCUUCCCCUGCUGCUACUCCUGCUCCUGUGCCGGCGGUGGCCAACAGCAAUGGGACGCCGCAGAAGCCACCUCCUAUUCCAGCCGCCGCCUUUGACAUGCCCAAGCCAAACCUUCGGGGUCUUAACAAGCCCAAGUGCAUCCAGUGUGGUAACGUCGCCCGUUCCCGGUGUCCGUUCCAGUGUUGCAAGAGCUGCUGCUACAAGGCCCAGAAUCCUUGCCACAUCCAUGUUCUGAAGCAGACCAACACAUUGCCAGAUAAGCCAUCACCUGCUACUGCUCCUGCAACAGAACAGCCGUCUACCAAUUUACCUGCAACCAGUUCAGCAUCAAGGCUGGCUGCCUUGCAAAAGCUUCCCCAGCAUUUUCUGAAGUCUCUCCAAACAAAGAAGUCGCUUACCAAAAAGGAUGUUGUGGGUAUAAACAAGUGGAGGUUUAUGAAGCUAAAGGAACAUAUGCAAGGAGAUAUUGAUGCUGAAAAUGAAGCAUAUGAGAGGUAUACACAGAAUGUUGGGUUACUGGAGGAAACAUUCUGUCCCAUGGAAGAUGCUGAUGUUGAGCCAGAAGCUGAAGCAACUUCUUCAGAAGAAGAGAGGAUGGACUUGUUGGUUUCGGAGGCAAAGGUGAGGUUGAAGUCAGAUAACGAAACUGCUGAUAGCUUCAAGGAGAGGGUUGCCACUAUCUUGGACCAGAAGCUGAAGAAACUGCUUGAGAGCCAAAGCGCCAAUGAGGAUGACAAACCAUCUGAUCCAACUCAGGAUGAUCAUCCAAGCCCAAUGAAGUUUAUCGCAAAGCAGAAGAUGGAGAGAACCGCGAAACUGAACGAGCUGCUUGGUAAGCUGACAAGAGCACGGAGCGAGGAUGAUCUGAAGCCUUGCCGUGAUCUUAUUGAGCAGCUGUUUGGGAAGGAGAACUGUGCAUCUGUGGACAAGCCAGACAGAAUGGAGACGGAGGCGGGCGAUCAAGAGCCGACUGCAGCAGUAGCACGGCCUUAUUCCAUCCCAAAGUUGUGCACUAGGAUGGAGGUUGAUGAGGACUUGGCCUCAAAGAUCAAUGAUGAAUUGUCCUCGUUGGGUCAUGUGGUGCAGCUCUGAAUCUGAAAUCUGAGCUCCUUUGAUGUGUACUAACUAGGCUCAACAGUGUUAUUCAUCCAUGUGCUGGCCUAAGCAAGUGUUUGGCUGUUUGAAGUGAGGCCAAAGCAGCGUGGCAACUAGGGUGACGCUGCGUUUUCUUGUAUCCUGUUUCUUGUCCUGUAUUUAUUCAAUUAUUCUGGUACAUGAAGUAUGAAUGGAUAGAAAAGAAAAUGUCGCAUCAAAGGCCUUGUUUA